AUGGCUCGAGGAAGCGCAAAAAAGACGGCGUCCGGCAAUGCGUUUCUGCUGAGACUGCUUCGGAAUGGGUUCCUGGCGACCAACACGAUCUACCUGCUCGUACGAUUCUGGCUGUUGCGAUCGAGCGUCACGAAGCGCAUCGUGUUUGGAUACGUUGCCUCCGAGGCUGUUGCGGUGUCGCUGUGGUGGACGCUCCAGAGCAUGGCGGCGCAGGGAAACGAUCUGCAGCAGAGCGGUCUGACGCAGUACAUGUUCGACGUCAUCUACGUCACUUGGUUCGUUCAAUUGGCUUCACUGGUUUGGUCCAAAUUGUGGUAUCUUUAUCUCAUCAUUCCGGGUUAUGCGGCCUACGUGAUCUACCAGAAGAUUCUGCUUCCAUAUCUGUUCCGCGGUCAGAGUCCAUUUGGUUCGAUCCAGCGCCUGCUCGGCGCAUCCGGCAGCGCUGCAGCUGGCGCCACCGUCAACGCCCAACAGCAGCCGACAGAGACAAUGUCGAAGCGUCAGCAGAAGCUUCAGGCUCGUGCGGCAAAGGGCGACGCUCGAGUACAGAUCCGCAAGCAUUGA